AUGUCCAAGCUGCGAACAGAAGACAUGUCCCAUCCAGUCAAGCCACUGAGAUCCUUCCUCAUCCAAGACAUUCUGUCACAUAUGGGACCUGGGAGCAAGGAGAAGAGCCUGGGCUUCCCAAAGACAGACCAAGACCAGGAUUCAUCCUUGAGGGACACAGAGGAGAAAUACGCAUCAGAAAAGCUACAAUCAUCUUCCCAACCUGCAGAGAUCCACCACAGCCAUAUGGAAGCUGAUGAAAAUCUGGAGCUAGACACGGCUCAGCCAAUAACCGCUGUGGAAAAUAAACUGGCAAAGCAGCAACAGAAACGAUCCAGGGCAGCCUUCUCUCACUCCCAGGUCAUAGAGCUGGAAAGAAAGUUCUCCAGCCAGAAGUACCUGUCCGCCCCUGAGCGAGCCCAGCUUGCAAAGAGCCUGAAGCUGACAGAGACCCAAGUGAAAAUCUGGUUCCAGAACAGGAGGUACAAGACCAAGAGGAAGCAGUUGGCCACUGAUAUGGAGGAGGUAGAGAAGUCCUCAGCUCACCCUGCACAGUGCAGAGACACAAACAUCAGCAGAACAUCACUCCUCAGCUUCUACCAGAACUAUCAAAGAUACCCCUACCUGUACUACCUUGCAGGGUGGCCUGCGCCUCUCUGGUGA